AUGGGGAAGUUGCGUGACUUGUGGCACGGCGACUCUGAGCGUGCGGUCAAUGCUCCACAGCCGGUGCGUGUCGCGCCCGGUUGGAAUGUGCAGCCCGAGGCGCUGCCCGCCAAACCCCUCGCCCCGCGCAGGCGGAAGUACGUGCAUGUGCGGCCGAACAACCGUGACGCGGUGGCGCUGCCGCACCCCGGCCAGAGUUACAACCCGCUGCACGACGACCACCAGGACGCGCUGCGAGUGGCGGUGAGGAAGCUGGAGCGGAAGAAGACGGCGGAUGAGAAGUUUGUCGCCAUGAUGACAAAUGGCCGCGACGUGCCCAUCACAGGGAAUUUUUCGGCGGACAAGACGUGGGAGGAGGAGGUCCAGGAGCGGCCCCAAAAGACGCAAAAGAAGGAGAAAAGCACGGAGAAGGAGGAAUGCAAGAAGAAGAAAAAGAAAAAGGAUAAAAAAAAGAAGGCAAAGAAGACCUCGGUGCAGGCUGCCAGGCGCGCCCUUCCACAUCGCCGCCACCCGAAGCGUGAGAUUGCGUUAAAGGAGGCAGAUGCGCUUGAUGACAUUAUUGUCGAGCAUCAACAGCGAGAAAAGCGGCGUGAAGCAGCUAGGGAGCGGUGCCGCGCAGCGAAGCGUGAGAAAAUGCAGGUGAAAAGUUUUGGUCGUUACCAUCACACACCGUUGGCUUUGGAUGUUGCGCCGACAGACAAACUUGUUGGAUCGCUGCGACAUUUGAAUGGUGGUUAUAUUCACCCUCUCACGGAAAGAAUGAAGUCAUUGGAGGAACGCAACCUUGUGCCGGCCCGCAUGCGGCACACAUACAACAAGCGAAAGGUGCUGAAACCAAAGGGCGAGGUGCGUGUGAAGCGUGAGACGUUUGGUGUGAUGCCCGAGACGACUUUCUAG